AUGUUUUAUAGGUUGGCGUAUACAAACAAACUAAAUAAUGCCUCCAGCUUCAAUUUUUUCUUUUCAAAUGCCAAGAAGGGCCUACAAAUAGAUCAAAACUUUAUUUCUAAUGCAAUCUUACUAGGCUCAAGAAAAUUGAGGAUAAAAACCGGAAAUAUAUCAGAAGGCCUUCCCAAGCCACUCAAAGCGAAAAAACACGAAUCUCAACCCUUUAAUGUUGCCUUCAUGAAUAAAAAGACCGUCCAGAAGGCGUCGAGUCCACGGAACAAAGUAAAGGACUUUAUUAAGUUAACGAAGCCGAACCUCACUGUUUUGGUCACAUUGAGCUCAAUUUGCUCCUACGCAAUUUCACCUAAUUCUUUAUCCAUUGCAGAACUAGCGUUUUUGACUGUCGGAACUGCUCUAUGUUCGGGUUCCGCAAACGCUAUCAAUAUGGGCAGAGAGCCAGAUUUUGAUAGAAAAAUGAGCCGGACUUCUAUGAGGCCGGUUGUUACAGGAAAAUUAUCACCCACAGAAGCCUUUUCCUUUGCAGCCCUGACAGGAGUUUUAGGAACCACCAUCUUGUACAUGGGCGUAAACCCAACAGUCGCAUUCCUAGGACUUCUAAAUAUCGGACUUUAUGGAUGGACUUACACCUCUCUCAAGCGUUUAUCUAUUUUGAACACAUGGGUGGGCGCAAUAGUAGGCGCCAUACCCCCUCUCAUGGGCUGGGCUGCGUCGACUUCGCUCUCUCAUCCCGGUGGAUGGUGCUUGGCGGCCCUAUUAUAUGCAUGGCAGUUCCCACACUUCAAUGCUUUGUCGCACAAUGUUGCAGAUCAAUAUAAAGGUGCUGGAUAUGUGAUGACCGCAGCCGAAAACCCCAAGCUUAAUGCCCGCGUGGCGCUUAGGUACUCGUUGCUAAUGUUUCCAAUUUGUGUUGGUUUGAGUUACUUUGAAGUUACGGAUUGGGUGUUUCCAUUUGAUUCUGGUGUUGCUAAUUUUUGGCUCACCAUGCUCGCAUACCGUUUUUGGAAACAACAACGCAUAAAUCAUACCACAAAUUUUACCCCUUCGAAAGCUGAGCUUCAAGCCGCUAAUAUUCAAGCAAAACAACUUUUUUGGUGUUCAGUAUGGCAAUUACCCGUUGUAUUGGUUCUUGCAAUGUUGCAUAAGAAAGGUCAAUGGGAUCGUUUGUGGGCAUUCUUGGGAUGGAAAGAGGGAAAUGUCCCGAACUCACACUCUUCGGUAGACGUUCUGGAAUAA